GCUUAGUGCAUUCAUUGCAGGUGUUUAUAACUAAAAGGCACAUGAAGGACAAGAGAUAGAUCUACUCAAUAAAUGGCCGCCUUCAUAUUGAUUGGAAUUCCUUGUUUUAAAGGCUAAAAAUAAUGUGAUCUUUAAUUACAGGAGCAUAAUCUCACACCGAUAAUUUAAGAAAAAUCCAUUCUUUACUGUGAGUACAUUUAAUAACUAGGGAAAUGAUGGCGCAUUGAAAAAUUUUUUUUUAUUUUCUCCUUUGGGGCUACAUCUAAUGACUCCCAAACAAUUCUUGUAAAAUGAAUACAACCAAGGCGUUUUUUGUAAUUUAGACUUUUUAGGCUAAUCAAAGUGUCUACAAAUUUUGAACCACAGUUGCCUUAGUAUAUACAGUAAAUAAGACAUAAUACAGGAAUUAAUUUCUUUAGACCACUCUUAAAAUUGGGAAAGACAAAAGAACAUGCCAUUUAAAUAACAAAGAUGCUCAUUCAUCUUAAAGUGGGAAAUGCUGAAAACAUAGCUACUGAACUGAACUUGGACAUAUCAAAGUAAAACUUAACAAGUUUAAAACACCUGGAACUGUGACGAACUAGACUUGAGGAGGACGCGGGGUUAUGACACGACGCACAGUGAGGAGGACAUUUCCAAAGCUCACAAUAGAGCCAGGAGGACGUUUUGCUAGGACCUAAAGGGGAAAUAGCCGAGGGUCCCAAGAAAGUCCUAACCCCAAAUCACUGUGAGGGGCUUUAAUUUUAUAGAUUCUGUAUAGAUACCCCAAUGUGCAACUGCUUGAAAACAGUGACAAAGUUACAUGUCAGGCAUAAAACCAGGAAGCUUGUACAUCACCACAUACGAGGAAAAACAAUUGGGGCAAUAUUUUUUAUAUGGAAGAAGACAUUUCUACAAAUUAUGCCAAGUUUUUAGGGAACAUUUUAAAAGGAGAAAUACAAAGACUAUCUUGUAAAAGCUCUAUUUUCUAGAGGCAAUGAAUAAAAUCAUCCAGGUUUUCUAUACAUUUUUGGAAAUUUGUAAUUGUAAACAAAAAAAGCUUCAUAGGGUAGGGCCCCAAAACUGGUUCUAGGCCAGGCCAUGCUCAUAAAUCUGGCCCUGAUUAGAGUAAUAAAACAAAAAUGUAUUCUAAGAAGGUUUUAAAACAUCCUUUCCAGUGGUGCCUUCAAUAAAAACAAAGGUGGAUAGAAACUAACCAUAAAUCAUUAAUUAGAUAAAUGAAGUCAACACAAACAACAAAAAUAUAUAACUGGAAUAAAUCCCGCUUUACUCUACACAUUUUUAAAAGCUGUAACUUAGGAAUAAUUUAUUUUAUGAAUACUGUGAUAAGGCUAAUGAUGAGGCUAAUAUUUAUUAGUUUUAAUUGUAUUUCUAACAGAAAAAUAGAUAUUAGGCCUAAUGCAAUUUUCAUAGUGUCCUAUAACAUCUAUACAGUAUGAGAUAUAUAGUAUAUUCUGUUCUUUCAUUGCUUCAUGUGUUUUCUCCGUGCGCUCUCACAUGGAUACGCCAAGCCAUUGUUUCUGGUCCAGGAGGAAAAGUCUAUUGUUGCUGCGAACUUUUUAAUCUGGCGAUUUUAAAGCCCAUCACAUGCUCAGACAGAGCAGCGGGGCGCCCUGCUACUUCUGCUGAAAUCCAUACCGAGGAGGAAACGUUUUCCUGCGGACAGGACAGCUGGGAGCAUUGUUGACACGCAAUGCCAGCACACGGAGCUGUAGGGUCGCAGGGAGACUAGGAGUGCUUGGACACUUGGAGGCGACGGGGAACUUUUCUUUCCACCUUUCUGGAGCCAAAUUCAGGAUAAGCAUGGCGCUGAUGUACAGCCAGAGAUCUUUAAUUGUUCUGGGUUUACUGGGGGUGCUGUCGGCCAUCAUGGCCGUAUUAUCGGUGAUUUUAAUAUUCCAGCUGCAGUCCCAGCAGACAGCGGUGAAGGAGUCCACCACCGUCGCUUACUCCUCGGUAUUACCCGCUCACAUCUGGGCCGUCCUGCUGCCGGUCUCCACUGUGCUCUCAGCGCUGUCCCUCAUCCUUAACUUGAGUUCCGUCGUCAUGUGUCUCAUCCACAGCUACUUUUUCACGGAGGUCUGCAGAGGGGAGAAGGACACCGAGAGAGCAGACUGGUUCCUUCUGGAUAGCAGAGCUGUACGACAUGUGGCUGUUGGACUAUUCUGCCUGGGGGUGUCUGUCUAUUUGGCAGCAAUGUCCAUCUUCAUGCUCCUGAUAUUUGAGAUGGAAACAGGUAUGGCCAGUGCGUGCAUACUCUCUUCUGGGAUCCUGAUCCUGCUGGUGGUGGUGAUACACUCCCUGGUCAAAGCUUCCCGAAGCACGAAGCACUAUAAGAGUGACUUAGUCGACACCCUCUAUCAAAAUGACCACGGAACCAGCAGCAUGCCCAUUUCACGGCCCUGCGAGCUGAGAGUCGGGGUGGACAAACCACGAAUUCACCGCAGCCAGUCUCAUAUCCAGCAUCCGAUCUCUUACCCACCAGGUGGCAAUAUCAGGCAGCGAGAGCAUUAUCAGCAGCAGUACUCCCCCACUGAAGGCUCUCACAGCCAUUCUAGUGAUAAAGAAGGAUACAGUGGAGGUGGAAGCUGCCCUCGGAUGCACCGGACCUUGUCUACUGAAUCUGCCUUACUACAGGCUCAGGUUAAACCCUGGAAUGGGAUCAACAACGAGAUGAGGAGUGUUUUAGCACGCAAAUCAGGGAUUUCAGCAAAAGAUUCAACCCUUGUGUGACCUUAGAGAACUGAUAUCCGAGUGCACGUGGGUGGAACAUGUUAAACCUCACUGCAGAGGGAAAGCUCAGAGUUACAUCAAUUCACAAAUGGCACAUUUUUCCCAUCUAGCUGCAUUGAAAAUGACCAAGGAUUUCAAAUGUUCAGUUAAUGAUAUACAGUUAAUAAUUUAUAUGACACAGGCAUCGACUGGUAUCAGAUUCUUACAGUAUGAUAACCUUCUAAAUAUCCCAAUUUUACAGCAUCAUCUAAAAUACACCCAAAAUUAAAACAAUAUCAUAAUUACAGUUAUGAAUGUUAUAAAUAUCAGUGGUCCUAAAAUUGGGGCCAUGACCCCACGUGGGUCUGCAAAUCAACAAGUGGAGGGUCUGGAGAUCCUCUUCAGGAAUAUAAGUAAUAAAAAUGAUAAUGGUAAAGCAUAAGUUUAAUAAAUAAAUCUUAGAGGUGAUUAAAAGAACAUACUUACAAAUAGAUAAAAGCAAUAUUUUCCCUAUUUAUGUUGAUAGUGCAGUCAUUAUACCCCUGUGUAAUUGCCAUGGUAGUUCAAUUAAGUCCAAAAUUAUUCAUACCCAUGGCAGAUUUAGACCACCACGUUUCUUCUGACUAGAUUCUGAUACACAAUCUUUGAAGGGGGAGCUAAAAAAUAGGCUGAAGUCAAGGAGGCCUUCUAACCUAAAAGACGUGGAGCUCAUCACCAAAGAUUAUUUGUUAACAUACAAGUGGGAACAUGCAAAAGGCUGACCAGCAGUUAUAAGAGGAGUUACAUUUCUGCAAUGCCCAAAAAGUGCCAAAAAAGAUUUUUCCACAAGUUGAAAAUGGUGUAAAUAACACAUUAUUUUUUUCAUUAAAAUGUAAAUAAAAACAAAUACUUUUUUUUCCUAAAAUUGAUAGUCUUUUUACAUGUUUUCAUUAUCUUUUGAGAGAUGCUUGUCUUGUUUCCUAUCAGAAGCAAAUAUCUUGGUGGAGAGGAAAUAAUUGUGUAUCUAAAUCUGCCAGGGAUAUGAAUAAUUUUGGGUUUAACUGAUAUUCAGGACCACGAGUCUCUUCAGACUUCUGUUAUUUUAUAGGUCAGAAACUGAAAAUUCUGGCAACCACUGAUCUACAGAUUUAUUCUUAUUUUAAUAAUGGCUGACACAAAAAUGGGAAAAAUCUAUUGCUGAAUUUAUUAGUAGUUGUAAAACACACAUUUUUAUUUGGCAGAACUUUUCAUUGUUGCUUUUCUGCAUUUUAUAGAUGGGUAACAAGCUGAUAAUUAGUCAGCCUAUAUGCUUGGGUAGCCAGCCUGCAGUAGGCAGCUUAACUGCCGUUUAACCACCGCUAGAUUGAUAACUAUUGCUAUCAAAACAGCAUUUAUGACUGAUGGCACUAGAUUAAUUUCCAAACCAUAACUGGACAUUCCAUGAACAUAUUUUAUGAAAGUACUUCUAAAGAGCUGAAUUAGUUUUUUUUUUCUUAAUUAAGGGAAAACUAUGGGAAUUAUUGAAACAGAAUUGAAAUCAUAGGAACGCCAUAAUGGAAGAUUUUUGAAAAUUUGAAAAACUUUAAAACCUUGAUGUCGUUGAACAGUCCAUGCCCACAAAGACCUUCCAUGAACCUUAUUCAAAUAAUAUACACACCAAUCAAGUAUUGAGCUGGGAUAUUUGCAGACUUCAUUAUAAUACUAAAUGCAUUAUUUCACUGUAUAAAGUGGCUUUACGUCUGAAAUGUAUGAAUUAUGAUUAAAUGUAUUUUUUGGUAUGUUCUAAAUGAUUUCAUAUAGAUCUUAAAUAAACUCUAGAAAAAAUAUCA